AUGUUAAACGACGAUGAUGAACAAAAAGGAUACACCUGGGAAGCUGGAUAUGCAGAUGGGUUAAAUAUCGGCGAGGUGCUUGCUGAAGACGACUCGGGUUCUAUCGAAAAAUCAAUUGCCAAGUUUAUCGCAGAUUCUAAGAAAAAAUCGAGACAAAAUUUGAGACCGCAAAAAAUUCGCCUUGGAAUUAUGCGACACGUAAUGAUUGUAAUUGAUUGUUCAAGAUUUAUGACAAAUAAGUCAAUGCCGCCUUCAAGAUUUGCAGUAGUGAUGAAGGCUCUUCACCAGUUUUUGGACAAGUUUUUUGAACAAAACCCCAUUGCACAAAUCGGAUUCAUCACGUGCAAAGAUAGAAAAGCAGAACGACUUACACCAUUAACAGGAAACGUUCGCAUUUUAAAAGAUGCUUUAAAUUCGUUAACAGAAGCGUUUACUGGUGGUGAUUUUUCACUGCAAAACGCUUUACAACUUGCUAGCACUAAUCUGAAGGGUGUUCCUGGGUAUGUCUCACGAGAAGUAAUAAUUGUUAUGUCCACUCUUUCAACAAUUGACCCUGGAAACAUUUUUGUCAAUAUCGAAACAAUGAAGUCGCUAAGCAUUCGAUGUUCUAUUAUUGGACUUGCUGCCGAAAUGUUUAUAUGUAAAGAACUGGCUAAAUGCACAAAGGGAAAUUAUUCUGUUGCUCUCGAUGCGGAUCAUCUUCAUACCUUAUUUUCUAAACUCACUGCACCGCCUUCAACGUCGAAAUCAAUUGAUUGCAAUGCAAUUCGUGUCGGUUUUCCUCCUCAUAAGGUGAUCACCACGCGAUCUUUUUGCGUCUGUCAUAAUGAUUCGAGUCCAAUAUCCAACCGCGGUUUCAUAUGUGAGCAAUGUGGAACGAGGCACUGCUCUAUUCCCGUAGAAUGUUCGAUUUGUCGGUUAACUUUGGUGGCUGCUCCCCAACUAGCGAGAGCUUUCCGACAUCUGCUGCCACUUGCUCCAUUUACGUCACUCUCUGUUAAAAACCGUCAAUGUGCAGCUUGCGAACUCAAUAUUGAGGUCGAAGGUUUUAUGUGCGGAAAGUGUUCAUCAAUUUUCUGCAUUGACUGCGAUUCACUGCUACACGAGAGUUUGCACUGGAAACAACUUUUCAACGACAGAUUUCUGGAAGGAUUAUUGAUGGCUUCGGAUAUUGAUCAGCCUGUUUAUGACCGUAGAUGGUUCAACAACUUAGAAUUUUUGUAUGUUCGUGAUUUAAUACUGAGAGGACAUCAUUCGCAAAAAUUUCAUCAAGUAUAUUCAACUCAGGAAUGUGUUGCUGUUUUCCUCGUGAAUAUUUGGUAUUCGAUUUUACGAGAUAAUGUUAAAAUUAAAUUUGGUCUAGAUAAUAGGCUCAAGUUCUAUUCGAGAAUUAUGUACAAAGAAGCUAGAAAAGAUAUUAAGAGUCACGCAAUGGGAGAUCAGAAACGCGCAAAAUUUUAUUUGGCACCGAUGGUGCGGUAUUCAAAACUUGCAUUUCGACAGCUUGUCCGUUUAUAUGACGUUGACGUUUGCUAUACUCCAAUGAUCUACGCGAAAAAUUUCCUCGAAUCAGAGAAAUGUCGUAACAGUGAACUUUCUGUUACUAAAGAAGACAGUCCAUUGAUUGUACAAUUUGCCACCGAUGACCCAUUUAUUUUAUCAUCUGCUGCAGAAAUGGUAUAUUAUUGUUCUUCUGGCGUGGAUGUUAAUUGUGGCUGUCCAAAACACGAUGUAAGAUCUAAAGGAUUUGGAAGCGCUCUUCUUGAUAAACCAGAACUCUUAGCUGAUAUGGUUGCCCAAACAAGAGCCAAAAUUCUCGACUCAAAUUUUUCGAUCUCUUUGAAAAUACGAAUUAAUGAACAUUUGCCGAAAACGGUCGACUUGUGCCAGAAAGCAGAAAAGGCUGGUGUCAGUUAUCUUUGCGUUCACGGCAGAACACCAUCGCAACGGUCGGAACCAAUUAAUGAAGAGGUGCUCCGAAUAAUAAAGUUAAUCGAUAUCCCUAUAGUUGCUAAUGGUAGCAUAACAACCCGCCAAGAAGCUCUCGACAUAGUACACCGAACAGGUGUCGAUGGAGUCAUGGUUGCCAACGGCCUGCUUACUAAUCCAACUCUGUUUGCUGGUCACGACUACACCACGGAGGGGUGUGUGAAAAACUUUAUGCGUCUUUCUCGAGAUCAUGGUCUCGAUUGGAUGUUAUACCAUCAACAUUUACAAUAUAUGCUUCGUCCGUACUCGUAUAUUACUGUUUCAGAAGAACACGUGCCAGUGCGCGAAAAUCGGUCGCUUCGUUUAGUUUCUUAG